CCUGCCGCUGAGGCAGUGAAGGAACAGGGUGCAGUGGAUACGCUGGACAGCGCUCCUGUACUUGUAGUCAUUCAAUUCUUCAUCCCCUAGAACCGGUAGCUAUCGGAUACCAUGGACCACCUAGAAGCACUAGAUCACCAAAUAAAUGCAUUUGUGGAUUACAUGUUUGGAUCUAGAGAUCCCAGGGUUCGAGGAUGGCUCAUGUUGGAUUCCUAUUUACCCACAUUCUGCCUUACUUUACUGUACCUUAUUAUUAUAUGGCUGGGACCAAAGUACAUGAAGAACAGACCAGCAUUUUCACUCCAGAAACUAUUAAUUGGAUAUAACCUUGCAGUAAUGCUUUUAUCACUAUACAUGUUAAUAGAGCUUAUUUUGUCUACAUGGGAAGGCAGAUAUAAUCUACAAUGUCAAAAUCUAAACAGUUCUGGAAAUGCAGAUAUACGGGUGGCAAAGGUGCUGUGGUGGUAUUACUUUUCUAAAGCAAUUGAGUUCAUGGAUACCAUAUUUUUUGUAUUACGCAAGAAGAACAACCAAAUUUCAUUCCUUCAUGUGUACCACCAUGCCACGAUGUUUAAUAUCUGGUGGUGUGUUUUGAACUGGAUUCCAUGUGGACAAAGUUUCUUUGGGCCUACACUUAACAGCUUCAUCCAUGUACUUAUGUACUGUUACUAUGGGCUUUCUGCUAUUCCAUCUAUGCAUAAAUACCUGUGGUGGAAGAAAUACCUCACUCAAGCACAACUGAUCCAGUUUGUCCUCACUAUUACCCAUACACUCAGCGCUGCUGUUUAUCCAUGUGGCUUCCCUCUCGGAUGUCUCAUUUUCCAGUCUUCCUACAUGACUACUCUAGUUAUCUUGUUUGUGAACUUCUACUUAAAGGCAUACAAAAAGAGAUCUCCAAGACAAGACUCAAAGGAGAUUUCUGCAGCAUCAGCAGACCUAAAGAAUGGAUACUACAAUGGCUAUAUAUAUGCAGCUAAUGGUGUGUUACAGAAGAAAGAACAAUAGAAAUCUCAGUGACUGAAGAUCAUCAGUUAUAUCACACAUUUUCAUCUUCAAUUGUGAUGCAGAUUCUAGUUGUAAAAUAGCAAAAAUAUUGAAAAAUGAUGUCAUACUGGAUGCAUUAGCAUUCCAAUUUUUGUGACCUCAGUUUAACAGUGUUGCACUGUACCUAAUCAAUUCACAUCUACAAACACAUGAAUGAGAUCAAAUAUAUUCUGAUCUAUUGUUUUCAAUUAACAUUUGUAAUUUACAUUAAUGCCUUAGGACAAUCCUACAAUGUGAAUUUCAGUAUAUUUUUGUUUGUUUUAAUAUUAGUAUUGUUUAUCUUCUAAACAGCAUUUCAGAACAUGGCAUUCUGUUUGUAUAUGCUCAACGGUAAAACCUCUUAAAAGAUUAAUCAGCUAACAUGCCUUACUUUGAAUUCCUAAGGGCUGACAAACUACAAAGCUUCAUUAGAUGGGCAUACCUAUAAGCCCUCACAAAUGAAGAUAUUAGCUUCAGGUACUUAAAAUGAUUACAUCUAUAUUUCUCUAGUCUUGACUUUUAUGUCUUGCUUCAAAUGUUGCAACAGUAUACCAUAAUGGUACAAACAAGUUAUAUUUUUACUUCUGUACUGUAUUCAAAAAUUGAGGUAAUAAAGCACCAACAAUUUUUUGCCAGUUGCAUUCUGGGAACAAAAAUUUUGGUUCUGUAAUAAAAAAUGCAACACAAAGAAUAAAUCCAUUUCUAAUAUUCA